AUGCGGACAGCUGCCGAUAAGCACACUAUCUUGAACGCUAACCUAACUACGGAGUACAACUACUGCAAUUUCCAGCGAUGUGGUAAUCAUCACGGAAUCGAGGAUCCGAACAGUGGGAGGGGUAAAGAGGGGAAAUGGAAACUAAAAGUUACAUGUGGGCAGGCAGUACCAAAUAAAUCGCCCAAACAUGCUGACAAGUGAAGAGGUUAAUGCCAGAAAGAAUAAAUUAGCCAAUAAUAAAACUUCCCGGGCAGUUGCAGGUAGAACAUCAUGGGGAUUGUUUGGGAUUGGGGCGGGAGUCGGGCGAUUUCGUGGAACGGAAAUAGAUUGGUUGAAGGGAGUGACAGACGACACUCUGCAGUUGAUUGAUCGAGCUUUCACGGACCCCAUCCUCAAUUGGGAGAAAUGUUGCCGGUACUACGACCAUUAUCAACAAACAGGGGAGCAACUGAUUGGGACGAAGGGGAACUGCCGGGUGGAAAUGGAUGGAGUGGCGAUGACGGGAGAGGGCGAUCUGGCCAGAUACAAGUUGUUGUGUAGAAAUGGCUCUGAUUUGGGAAGCAACGAUGUUUCUCCCCAACAACCACUAGUGUUAAUCGAAGAAGGGAAGGUGCCUGAGGGCCGCCCAGACCGCCGGACGGAAAGUCCACGUCGGGCACCCCAAUACAGUCUAGCGUCGUACGGAACUGGUACGGCUGGCCAGCUCCAAGGCAUCUUCAGGCAGAUCUGGGCUGAUCCAGGCAUCUUCAGGCAGCAACCUGCCCCCUUCGGCAUAGGCCCGCCACCGCCCUCGCUGCCUGCCCUUUUUCUCUCACCUUCUCCUUUCCCCCCCCCGUCGACUUCAUCCUUCCUCUCAAGGUAAAUCUUCAUCAGUUUCAAUACCAGAUUUCCCCCAAGUCAACUCUCGUAUCUAGGGCACCAAGCUACCCUUUUCCUCCUAUCUCCCCCCCUCUUCAAGCUAUUCCCAUUCCCAUUUGCUUCAAGGAAUUUCAAGUACAGGCAGCCUUUAGCUACUCCUGAGUCCUUGUCUUAACCGCACACAAACCCGGUCAAGACUUCCCCGCGCGCAACUCAAACAACCGUUCAAUUCUCUCCACGCUCAACUCCGUUGCGUCCUCAGCCAUCAAGAUGUCUACUGCCGUCGAGAACACUACCGACAACGUCGCCUCUGCUCCCGCCACUACCGCCCCCGAGGCUACUACCAACGGCACUGCUCCCGCCCCUGCGCAGUCCACGGACGCUGCCGCUGCCAGUGCCGAUGAAGGACGUCGGUUGUACAUUGGGAACCUCGCUUAUGCGACCACUGAGGGGGAGCUGAAGGAGUUUUUCAAGAACUACAAGAUGUAAGUGUUUCGAG